CUUAUUGCUAUUAAAACAACGAACAAUUUACGAUGGUCUUUUGUUUAGAAGAUGAGAGUUACAUAAACAUUAGAUCUUUGUUUACAUGGCAGUGAUGGAGGACUCGGUGACACAACUCUAAAGCUCGGGGAUUAUUUAUGAGUUGAGCCAGUAAAGCUUCAGUAUGACGGAGAGAGUGGUUGUGCUGCUGGACAUGGACUGCUUCUAUGUGCAGGUAGAAGAGCGGGACCAUCCACACAUCAAGGGAGUUCCUGCUGCUGUGGUCCAGUACAACACUUGGAAAGGCGGAGGCAUUAUAGCAGUGAAUUAUGAGGCCCGUGGUUUUGGUGUGAAGCGAGGGAUGCGCGGUGACGAGGCUCGAGCCAAAUGUCCUAACAUCCAGUUGGUACAAGUUCCUGUAAGCCGUGGCAAAGCUGAUCUUACUAAGUACCGCAAUGCAGGGAAGGAAGUGAUCAAUGUGCUGUGUGAUUUCAGUGACUGCAUAGAGAGAGCGAGCAUAGAUGAGGCAUACAUAGAUUUCACUAAUGUCAUUGAACAAAAAUUGAAGGAGUUUGAUGGCAACAAAAUUAGCCCAGAAAAUUUAAUGUCCACCUGGGUAGUUGGUUAUGACAAAACUGAAGAGGAAGAUAAACAAAUGGUGCGUCAGCAAGAGCUACAAAAUUGGUUGGCAUCACUAAAUGAAGGUGAAGACGGUUCAUUUCCCUUAACUCCAGCUCACCCACACUGGGACAAUUUUAGGCUGACUUGUGCUGCAGUUCUUUGUGAAGAAAUGAGAAGAGCAGUUCUUGAACGUACCAGUUUUAAAUGUUCAGCAGGAAUAGCUCAUAACAAGAUACUUGCCAAGUUAUCAUGUGGAUUUCACAAACCAAACCAGCAGACAGUACUACCUCAAUGUCAAGUUGGGGAGCUGUGGGAGAUUACAGAAGUUGGGAAAGUACGUAAUCUGGGGGGAAAGUUGGGAGACUCUUUAACUGAGGAACUGGGCUGUGUCACCAUGGCUGAUCUGAGCAGACUCUCCCUCCAGAUGCUUCAGGGGAGAUAUGAUGAUAAGACAGCAUUCUGGCUACACAAUCUUGGUAAAGGGAGUGACAGUGAACCUGUAACUUCACGUCAGCUUCCCAAAAGUAUUGGAUGUGGUAAAAAUUUCCAGGGUAAAGAAGCACUUAAUACAAGGGAGAAGGUACAGAAAUGGAUGCGAAGUCUUGCAGAUGAGCUGUCAGAACGCUUGGAUAUAGAUCAAAGUGCAAACAAGCGUCGUGCCAAGACCCUAACUGUUAGUGUCAGACUGGACAGUGAUGAACGGUGGUGCUCACUGUCUAGGUCAUGUGGCCUCCCGUCUUAUAGUGCAGAGCGGAUAACACGGCUUGGAAUAUCCCUGAUACAACACACUAACCAGGCUUCACCCAGAGAUCCUGGAUGGACACCGGUCAUCAAACACAUUGGACUGUCAGCUGGGAAAUUUGAGGACUGGGAAGGGGCUAGCUCAGGUAACAUUCAGGAUAUGUUUAAGAAAGCUGCGAUGAAUAAAUCAUUACGUGAUGAGAAAUUAAAUUCUAGUACUUGUAACGAUGGGAUGCCUGAACACUCUGAUUCAGGAAGUUUUAAACCUGUGACCGUAGAAUGUUCCAGCAAAAUCUCCGAGACUUCUGUCUGUACAAGUUAUAAAUCUUGUGAAAAUACCGACAAAAUGGAGAAUGAUGUUCCCUCCAGAAGUUCAUGGAACAAUAAGAUCAAUGAACAGUCUGUACUUAGUCCAGACAGUACUGAACAUAUACCUGAAGUAACCAAAGACUCUCAUGAAAUAUCAAGCAAAUCAUUCUUUAAAAAUUUUCUCUUAAGAAAAAAAAAAUAUAUUGAGAUUAACAGUACUGAUUUUACCAGAGAGAGAGAUGGUGAUGAAUCUGAAAUAUUGUAUAAUGAUGAUAAUUCUGAGAAAACCCAGAAAGAAGCUGAAAAUAGUGACGAGAAUGAUCUUGACCUUCUUGUUAGUUUCAUAGAUGAAGAAGAAAGUGAAUGUAGUAGAUCUAGUGAAAGUGUUACUGCCAGUGACAAAAAAUCUGGUGUAAAAGACAGUACUGCCACACAAGAUAAAAGCGUGGUGUGUGAAAGUCCAGACCUCUUUGGCUCACAAGAUUCAGAAGGGUCAGGCAAAAUGAUAUUGGAGGACAAAGAUCGCAUCAACAAGAAUGAUAGUGAAAAGAUAAGGUCAACACAUAAAGGCGAGAAUCAGAAUGAAAAACCAAAGCCAAUUAGUGAUGGUCCUACAGGCUCUCCUUUAGAAAAUAAUCUGUUAGAAAAGCCGGUUGAAAAUAACACUACGUCUUGUGGACAGGAAUUACACAAAGACAAAAAUGUACAAAACUCAAAAAUAUCUGCAAAAGAACUCUUCCCAAAUUUGGACAAUUAUGAUGAAUCAUUAUUACCUCUGCUUCCACAAGACCUGAGACUUGAGGUAGAAAGAGAACUUAUAAAACACAAAAACAAGCAAGAAAAACAAUUUGCCAAGAAGUUGGAAAUUUUGAAAUACGUUAAUGGUAGUCCUUCAAAACGCCAUAUACCAACAGAAGUGAAAAACGAUUCAAAUUGUAAGCCAAUUAAUCCUCAGUGUUCAGAAGCUCAUGCUGUUGCAGGUCCUUCCAACAAUGCCUUGCUUAAUCAUUCAAACAUUAGUAGUAAAAAAAUUGAGAGCAAACAAAUGUGCUACAGUACACUUGAUGAAGACACUACAGGUAACAAAAUAGCAGAAUGUGGUAAUUUUGGUGAGAAUAAAUCAAACAUCACAGACUCAAGUGAUAACAUAGACACAGUUGAGUGUGAUGAGUGUGGAUGUCAGAUUUCUGCAUUUGAACUGCCAGAACACUUGGACUAUCAUGUGGCGCUAAAGCUACAAACUGACAUACAACGGGAUAUGAAUAUCGUUCCUAAACAAGGAACUGCUAAGGCGAUUGUGAUGGAAAACAAGAAAAGUAAAGGGAAGAAAAGAGGAAGGACAAGUAAGGCAGAAAAAUAUUUAGAGGGUAAAGGUAAAAAGAAUCAAAAACUUGAUGUAUUCUUCAAGAGAUGACACUAGUUUUGAUACGUUCAGGAAAUUGUUGUUUGUUUUUUAGAAAUAAAGUAAAUUAAAGGGUGACAAAGUCACAUUAAUAUAUUUGUAUUACAGAGGGUAAGAUUUAAUAUACUUAAUAUACUAUUAACCAGA